UAUGAGUCAUUCGCUGGAAGGCAGAGUCGGGGAUACCGCGCCUGUCUGCCGGUUGCUUGCUUUGGUAUACACGCAUACCGCUCACCGCGAACACUUAACAAAUAAUUUAGUGUUAUUCGAUCUAAAUAAAGAAACAAUAACAAAGAUGUGUGUGUGUACAAAACAAAAAAAAACAGUGAAAUAGAUUUGGCUCGCAAAUUCUAAAACUACUUGUAAAUAUUUUUGUGUGUUUUUAUAGUUGGAUAUCAUGAUAACAACCAUGACGUCAUUCAUAUUAUUGAAGACGAACUCUUUCCUCUUGAGGAUGAACAGAGAGGAUAACGUCGACUGGUUCCAUGGGAAAAUAUCACGAGAAUCUGCCGAGAAGCUGUUAAAAGAAGAGGGCGAAGAUGGUGUUUUCUUGGUACGUGAAAGCAACACUUCACCAGGAGACUAUGUUUUGUCAGUUUUACACCAAGGUGAAGUAGUGCAUUACCAAAUUCGGAGGCAUGGAGAGGAUGCCUUCUUUUCCAUUGAAGAACACACAACAGUGCAUGGGUUGGACACCCUCAUACAGCACUAUCGAGGCGACUCCAAUGGUCUCGUCACACGGCUGUCUGUUGUGUGUAAGGGACAGCCUCCACCUCACGAGUCACGCACCCAGGGGACCACCAAUCUUUUACACAGAGCGACGGAGGCCGGUGACUACAACAUAGUAUCCCAAAUGCUGGCAGUCGGAUACCACAGCCGCGACGCCAAAAACCAGGAUGGACAGACAGCGGUGCAUAUAGCCGCUAAAGCCGGGCGUGACAAAAUACUCGAGAAACUCAUAGAGAGCGGGGCCACAGUCAACGUGCGGGACUCGUUCGGAUAUACGCCUUUACACUACACUUGCCAGAACAAUCUGCCGAGCACUGCCGAGUUGCUGAUAACGAAGGGCAACGCCAACUACCAGAUGCGGCACGCGCCUACGGGGAAAGUACCUUUACAUGACGCCGCGCAGAGAGGACACAUUGACUGCAUUAAGGUCCUUUUAAAAUUGAAAGCUCCCGCGAACCCGAGAACUUUGCAGCAAGAAGCCCCCGCUGAUUUGGCGAAGCACCACGGUCAUACGGAAUGCUAUCAGCUAUUAAAAAACUACAAACCCGAACCACCGCAAACCUCCAAAAGUCAAUGGUACCACGGCACGUUGAGCCGGGACGAAGCCGUACAAACUUUAGAACAGUACUGCAAGCAGAACAACUUAGUAGACAAGGCUACAGACGGCGUGUUCCUAGUGCGGUACAGCGAGCGGCACAGCAGCGCCACCUGCGUACUUACUAUGCUGAGCGAAAACACGCCUUACCACUUUAUCAUAAGAAAGGAGGCGGCGGGCUGGGUGUUCAUCGACGACGGGCCGUACCUGGAAGGCGUGGAGCGGCUGGUGGAGCACUACGGCGCCGUGCCCGACGGGCUGCCCCAGCGCCUGCGCCACCCCGUGCCGCCCAAGCCCAAGCCGCCCUUGCCCGAGUUCUCAACAAUGCCACGGACCAAGAAACCAUCACCGAGUCGAGCAGCCAUGAACCAGACGUUAUCCCUAGUCAAAAACGACAUCUUAAACAAGCAAAUCUCCGAGCCCAGCUCCCCGCCCAAUGCCUUCGAGCUGCUCACUAGAAAUCUGUCCUUCUCGUCUGACUUUAACAAUGACUGCCUCAACAACAACGAGUCGCUGGAUGACAACGACACAUAUAAAGUGCCCGUUAACAACAGCGCGGUUGUUGUUGGGGAGAAUUAUAAUGAGAUAUCGAUUAAUUCUGAUGGCCAGCUUUCCACACUGCAAGAUUUGAUCCCCAUGAGCGAGCUAACGCUAGGGGCGACACUGGGCGAGGGCGAGUUCGGCUCGGUGCUGCGCGCCACGCUCGGCGCCGCGCCCGUCGCCGUCAAGACGCUGCACGUGCAGCACACCGACUCCAACCAGCAUGACUUCCUGGCGGAAGCCAAGACUAUGAUGACGCUACGGCAUCGGUGCAUUGUUCGACUCCUUGGUGUGUCAUUGGGUCCCCCUCUGGCGAUGAUCCAGGAGCUGGUGCCGCUAGGGUCGCUGCUGGAGUACCUGCUGCGGUCGCCGGAGCAAGCGUCGGCCGGCUACGAGCUGCGGCUGUGGGCGUGCCAGGUGGCGGCCGGCAUGCGCUACCUGGAGCGGCGCCGCUUCGUGCACCGCGACCUCGCCGCCCGGAACAUACUGCUGGCCAGCAGACAUCAAGCCAAAAUUAGCGACUUCGGUCUAUCACGAGCUCUCUCCAUGGACAGUUCGUACUACAAGGCGAGCCAGGGCGGCAAGUGGCCCAUCAAGUGGUACGCGCCCGAGUCCUACAACUACGGCACCUUCAGCAGCGCCAGCGACGUCUGGAGCUACGGAGUCACGCUGUGGGAGAUGUUCUCUUAUGGCAAGCAGCCGUACGGGGACAUGAGGGGCACUGAGGCAAUACAAAUAGUAGAGAGCGGCGGACGAUUAGAACGACCCGAAGAGUGUCCGGACGAGAUCUACCAAGUCAUGCUAGACUGCUGGGAGUACAACCCAGACCGACGACCGACGUUCGGUCUGCUCGUCGACGUGUUCUCACAACACCCCGACUACGUCAACAUCAGCCAGCUAGCCCUCGACAACGAGGAGGUAAACGUCUAACAUUUACUUCAAUAUUUGCCUAACACAGCUCUGCGUCUCUUUUGUUCUUUAUGUCGAUAAAAAGAGAUACAAUGCGAAUGUUAGGCAAAUAUUUCUGGAUUAUGCCUUUGGCCCCUUAGGCUACUUAUGUAAAGCUUACAUAGAUUACAGUGGUAGAAAAUAUGACGAAGAUGAGGACGUAACAGGAUAAGUGAGAUUUGAACUCAAAUUGACAAUGGGAAAAAUGUAUUUACUGUCAGGUCUAACCGCGACUUCAUUUACCUACAAUUUUUUCACUCGACUCGCACUGUACUCAAUAGAGAUACGGAUUAUGCUUGUCAUGUAAAAUAUAGUCAAGUAGGGUUGUAGCUAAAAUGUCGCUUUGUUACCUUGCCUGAACAAACGCCCUUCUGCAUCUGACGAUGUAUUAAAAAUAUAAUUUAUAGUUGGCUAGCUGUGUGAAUAUGAUGAUCUGAACAUUUUAAGAUUUUUGAGUGACUGAUUGUUUGGUAUAAAACAUGGGUAAUGGAAUAAUGAAAUGUAGGUAUGUGUUUCUUAAUAUGAAAUUAUGGUGGCCUUAGCUUUCAUAAACUUCUAUGUAGUGAUCAAAUUGAUUCUAACGUAAUAUAACUAACUUUUCUUGAGGUUUUAAAUAUUAACAUAUCGAUAAAAUAUGUAAAGUAAUUUGUAGUACCUACAGACGAGUUAGAUGGAUUCGAUUUUAGUCAGUCGAAUACAAAUGGACACAAGUAAAUUACUUGACUUGAAUGUAUUAUGAUAUACAAAUGUAUAACAACGACUAGUAUAUUAGGUAUUUCGGCAAGAGAAGAUACUGGCUGACUGGCGAAAUGGAAAUAUGCCACGAUGUGCCUGAUAACCUUUCUCGUUGUUAGAUCUAAAUUAGGAUUUACGAUAAUUGUUUUCUGAAUACAAUGAUGUAACAAUGAAUACAUAUUUGACAAUUUGCCUUUUAUAGUAUUUUACUAUUAAUUUGACAAUUUAUAUACGAUUAUAAUGUGUAUGUAUAUGUCGACUUGCAUUUUAAAAACUGUGUAUGUUCCUUUUAGAACCAAAAUAGAUUUUAUGUUGUACAGUAGUUGUAUCAAUCCUGUAGGUUUUUAUUUCAACAAAAUGACACCGGUUACAAAAUAUACAUUCCUUAUGUUUAACUAAUUUAAUAUUGCCAUGGAAAUGCCAUAGUUAUUUUGGUGAUUAUUCAACAAUUUGCCAUGAGGUUGUGUUAUUUUAUGUACAAAAUUCUUAUAGUUACCCAAAUUAUUAUAUCAGUUUAGAUUUAAAGGAUUUAUUUUAAAUUCAACAAUAUUUCUAUGAGUCUGACUUAGCGAAUAUGUUUUUAUAUUAUAACAGAUUAUAUAAAUUUUAUAUUUAAAAGAAAUGUGAUAAUGGUAUUUAUAAAACAUUAAAAUAAAUAAUAUAAA